ACACAGUUCCACAGCCGCAGGGUUAGCUCCGCCCACCAUAGAUACGUCAUAGCAACGAAACAGCCUCGGACAUAGAGAGUGAAAAAUGGCGGCGGAUACAAACGCACUACGAAUAAUUCCGCCGAGUAUAUCUUUGGAUUAUUUUAAAAAUGUUGUCGUUACAUCCCGUGUAAAGGAGAGAGGGUAUAAUUUUUUCAUUAAUGGUUAUAUCCAUGCAGUAAAACUGUAUACUUCCACUGAUAAAAGCGUAGAAAUUACGGCAAAAUGUUACCGGUCGAUGAAAAAGAGCGAGGAUCCUCACAAGAUAAAUAUGACGAUCAACUAUGAUGUGGGCGUCAUUGACGAUAGUCAUUGCUCUUGUCAGGCAGGGUGAGUUAUGUAUUUUCUUUUCUUAACUCUGUGGCUAAUUUAUAUUGCGCUUUAUCUCAUACCGUAAGUAAAUAAAAUUGAUAAACAAAUUGUUUACUAAUAGACUCUCCGGAACCUGUGCUCAUACAACGUGAUUGAUAUAUACUCUCCAGCAUUAUAAACGUCUAGGACUGAAUCAGGUUCCUGCAGAGCUACCCUGCACAAGUUUGCCUCAACAAUGGCACAAGCCUAGGGGGACUAAAAUUCAGCCGGAACCCUUAUCCUCCAUGGUUUUCUCAAAGCCUAAACCAACCCCACGAAAGAAGAAACCUGUUUAUGUGGACAAGCCAAAUCAAACGUAAUCAUACAUUAUUAAUAAAUAAUUCCUGAUGUGUUUCCAGAAGAGAUCAAAAAGCUUAAGGUUGACCCUUCACUGCCACUGUCAUAUUUGCUACAGGAGGAUGUUGAAUUAGAGCCAUCCAUUUGUGGGAAAAUACAAACAGGAUCCAUGCUUAAAUAUCAUUUUCAGCAUUUUAAAGAACAUCCUCAAGUUGAUGCAGGGAAAUGUGGGGAGACUAAAUUUCCAAAAAUUGUAAAAAAUAUUUUGGUGAAUGAAAAAUACGAAAAUAUAGUGAAAAUGUUUCCUACCACUAUGCAAGAUGCAGAGAAAAUUGAAAAAGAGACUGUUGGUCAAGCUAAUUGUGAAACAUGGUUCAAAGAAAGAAGGGAACGACUAACAGCCUCACAGUUUGGAAAAAUCUGCAAACGGAAAAAGGCUGUAAAUGAUGCAUUUCUUAAGGAUAUUUUUCCAGCCUCAAAUAAAAACUUUUCUACUAGUGCCACACGUUACGGUCAAGGGAAUGAAAAUGCAGCUAAGAAAAAAUAUUUGGAAUCCUUCCAGGAGAGGCACAUACAUGAUUGUGGGUUGGUAAUAAACCCUGAUUUUCCUUAUCUAGCUGCCUCACCAGAUGGCAAGGUGUGUUUUAAGGGGGAAACAGGUGUCCUAGAAGUGAAGUGCCCAUUUACUGCACGCGAUAUGACCAUCUCCGAAGCAGUUCAACAGAUUCCAAAAUUCUGUCUUCAGGAAAAUGACGGAAAAUUUGAACUUCAGAAGAACCAUGAUUAUUUUUUUCAAAUACAGGGUCAGAUGAUGGUGUCUGGGGCAACUUUCUGUGAAUUCAUAGUGUUUACUAGAAAGGAUAUUUUUGUUCAAAAUGUAAAAGAGGAUUUAAAUUUUCAAAAAGAUAUGUUUGAGAUGCUUUCAAAUUUCUACUUGCAGCAUGGUGCCAAAUAUGUUAAAAUGCCGAGAAUCUGACAUAGUCAAAGUAUAUGUAAAAUAUUUGUGUUUAUUUAUCAUAGCGAAAUAAAUUAAUACUACAAAUAUACACUGGUUUUCCCCUGACCUAUCAGAAUGAUUACUAGUAAGUUUCUGAUAAACAAGGCUGAAAUAUUAUAUAAUUAGAAAUUACGAGAAAUCAAACCUACACUGUUCACUUGUUUGACAGGCAGUUUCCUGAUGAUAAACAUCACUCUCCGUUGUACAGGUCUCCAUAUCUUCAGUGACCUCACUACAAAAAAAUGUAUUCAAAACUAAGUCUUUCAAUAAACAUUACAUACAAACAUUGAGGGUAAUAACAUGUAACAUGUAGAGUCACGAAAUAAGGACUUGAUCUUUUCAUCAUAGGUCUGAAUCCCACUGUGGGAUGUGAAGACCUUCAGAUGAGACCAUAUUUAUAACUUGAGGUCUAGUGUUGCAGUAGGUGCUGACACGAAAAAGAUCCCUCACUGCUCAAUGGCCCUGAAUGUUUUUAUUGGUCAAAGUUUGCAGUUCUCCACCUACAAGUAUUGGUGUCUCCAAAUGAGUGAAAAAUUCUUGAGUGAGACGUUAAACAUCAAACUAUAUUCAAUUUACUUUAACUGCCUCUAAUCAUAAAGUUUUUAAGUUUUCAUUGUUUGAGAAGAAUACUGUAAUAAUCAAUACUAUGCUGUCUAUAUCAUGUUGGUAAUAUGCCCCCUCCAUGUGACCUAUACCCUCAAACAUUAAAUAUCCCCCUCCAUGUGCCAUACUACCCAGAUCAUAGUUGAUAUAAACACACAAAGUGCUCACUAUAUGAUAUAUCACAUAAGCAUUAAAUGGAUGUAAAUAAUUAUUACCAAAUAUUUUGCUCUAAGAAAAUGAACUUGAUGAAAAAUUCUUUGUCAAGAUAAAUUUGUCAUUUCUGCAUUUACCCCUCAAAGUGUCUACAUAGCUAAUAAUAUUUUACCGGAUUC